AUGUCGAUCACCGAGGAGCCGAAGACGUUCUUCGCGAGACUCACGCAGGCCGCCGAAGAAGCUCAUCCGGAGCUCGGAAAAGUGUGGACAGAUGGCGCGCGCGUGGCGGAAAACAUCAGGAAGGCGGCGAGGAUGGACGAUGAAAUGGGCACGAGCAGGAACACUGUCAAUUCUGUCAAGCAUUGACUUCCCAGGUGCAAGCCGGAAAUUCGCCGAGCGAGUGCCCCGCUUGCACUUGAGAAAACUAUUUUGCCGGAUCCGGAUUUUUCCAGGUGCUGCAAUCGGAUCGGUGAUCAUGCCUGUCGUCGGUACUUUCAUCGGCGGCAUUCUCGGCGGAUUCUUCGGGAGCACGGGCGCUCGCGCGGGCAGUGAAGUUGCCGCCAAAGUGGUUUUGGACACUGUCAACUGCGACAUUUGCUGGCUGAAAUGCCAAAAAUGCGGAGAACACUUCAGCGGCCUUCUUUUUGAGACGAAAUACACUGAAGUAUACCCGAAAUGCGGAUUAUUUGCCGUUUUAUUGACUUUUUUGUUGUUAUUGGCACUUGAUGUUGUUGAUUUUUGCUGUUAAACGUUGUUAAACUUGUCUGAAAGUCCGAAAACCUUAAAUUGUUUCAUUAAUUCUUCCAUGAAGGUUUGAAUGUCCGCCAAAAGGUUUUUGUGCGAUGGAGCGCGUUUACAUUGCCAUCUCGUUUUUCGCAUUUUUCCCUCUAAUUUUUCCAUUUCUUACUCAAUUUUCGCUUCAGAAAACGAUGGGAAAGCGCAAAACAAAAACGGAAAACGUCGACGAAUAUGAUCCGAACGAGUUGAUGAUCGUCCCAGGUAUUUAUCGAUUUUUUUUUUGGGGCAGUAGAACGAAAUUUGGUUGUUCAGGUGAAAAACGCAAAAAAUUGGAGAAAAGCGGUGAGAAAUCGGCGACGGGCGGGAAGAAGAAUCGGAAUUUUGCAAAAGAAAAGGAAGUUGCGAAGCUGACGAAACAAGCGAAGCGGAAAUUGGCGGCAGUUCAGUCGAGAAAGGCGCUGAAGCAGACGGUACACCGUUUUCAGCCCGAACAAUUCAUUUUUAUCGAUUUUACAGCAAGAAGAGUUGUUCGCCGGGCUCGCCGAGUUCCAACUCGACCCCUCGAAGCUCAAUCAACUGAGUUCCAACUCGAAAUUGGCAAAAGAGACUGAAAAGUAGGAAAACAUCCGAAUUGUUCAUCUUUUCCCCUAAAAAACUUUCAGACCAGCAGUUUUUCCGGAAAAACUCAAAGUUUUUGUGGGAAAGAAAAAGGAGGAAGCAAAACGGACUCAACAAGACUAUUAUCCGACCGACGACGAGGAAACGAGCAGUGAAGAGGAGGAGGAGGAGGAGGAAACGGCGCCAGAAGUGAAAAUCGAAGAAAUUGACGUGGAUGACGUGGAUUCGGAAGUUCCGAUUAACCCAGAAGACGUUCUGGUGAAAAGAGAAGAUGAUGAGGAGUCGGAUAACGAAGAUAUUUUGGCGGUAAUUUGAACAAUCAAAUUUUUAAAAAAUGUUCUUCAAAAACUGUAAUUUUCAGCUGCCAACCACGACUGUCAUCGAUCGAAAAAAGGUUAUUGUGCAGAGAAGCGAGGAAAUUCAAAAAUCGAGAGCCGAACUGCCAAUUUUUGCAGAGGAAAUGCGAAUUGUAGAGGCGAUCAACGAGAACUUGGUACGGUACCGAAAUAUUGAAAAACUUGUGAAAUUUUAACAUGGGUGUUUUGAGUUGAGUGCCGGCUCGGAAAAAGUUGCUUCAACCGUCUAAAUUCUCAAACAUCCCGCACCUAUGAAUUUUAAUGUUUUGCAGGUAACAGUAGUGUGCGGAGAGACAGGAUCGGGAAAAACCACUCAAAUUCCGCAGUUUCUUUACGAAGCGGGCUACGCGUCGGAGGGCGAACUCAUCGGAAUCACGGAGCCGAGGCGCGUGGCGGCGGUGGCGAUGGCAGAGCGCGUGGGCGUGGAACUGGGCGAGCCGCGGAAGGUUUCCUAUCAGAUCCGGUACGAGGGCAGUCGCUCGGAGGACACGAACAUCCUGUUCAUGACGGACGGAGUGCUCAUGAAGGAGAUGGAGCACGACGUGAUGCUCAGGAAGUACUCGGUGCUGCUGAUCGACGAGGCGCACGAACGGAGUAUGUACAGCGACGUGCUCAUCGGAAUGCUCUCCAGGAUUGUGCCGUUGAGGGCGAAAACGCAGAGACCUCUCAGAUUGGUCAUCAUGUCCGCCACGCUCCGAUUGGACGAUUUCACGCAUAAAAAGUAGGUGAUUAGGAGCUGAAAUUUCGUUAAGAAUGACAAUUACACGUGUAGUCUUGCCUAUUUCCACUGUAAAAACCUUUUUCGAGUGAGAACACCAGAAAAUCUAUAAACUUGCUUAAAAAUUGAAUGAAAACCACAAUAACCCCAAUUUUGUCCAGUUUGGCUCAAUGUUUGCCUGAAAAAGAUAAUUUUCGCAGACUCUUCCCGCUGCUCACGCCAAAAGUGAUAAAAGUGGACGCGCGGCAGUACCCGGUAACUGUGCACUUUGAAAAACGAACGCCCGACGACUACCUGGCGUCGGCGUUCCGAAAAACGUGCAGAAUCCACGAGACACUGCCGCCGGGCGCCAUUCUGGUGUUCGUGACGGGACAGAACGAGGUGAGGCAGCUGAUGGCGAAACUGAAACGACGAUAUCCGAUUGUGUACGAGACGGACCGAAACGGAGAGGUCCUGGUGAAGGGAACGAAGGAAUGGAGGGAGAAGAAGGCGGAGGCGGCGAAGAGUAUUCGGCUCGAGGACUUUAAAGGUUUGCAUAUGAUUUUGAAGCCUAAAAUCUACUAUUUUCAAUUUUCAGAAGAAGAAAAAGAGGGUGAAAACGAGGAGGAAGAAGAGGGAUUGAUGGACGGAGACGAUAUGAACGAACGGGGAGCCGCCGAGGCGUUCGACGAUUACGAAGAGCUCGAAAAUGGAGACGGAGAUGUGGAAGAUGGGAAAGUUGAGGUAAAAAAGAACAUAUGACUUUGUUCCGAAAAAACGGCUUCAAAAAUCGGUUCGCAAAGAAUAACGGAAUUCCAUUUUGUGAAACAACAGUUACCCCGCUUCCAGGACACAAUCGGAGCCCCUCCGGCGGACUGCGAGCCCCUCUUCUGCCUGCCUCUCUACUCCCUUCUCUCAAUGGGAAAACAGCGUCGAGUGUUCGACGAGACGCCCGCCGGAAUGCGUCUCUGCGUAAUUUCGACGAACGUGGCCGAGACGUCGCUCACGAUUCCCGGCGUGAAGUACGUGAUCGACGGCGGAUUCGAGAAACGACGGCUCUACGAUUCGAUCACAGGCGUCUCCCGAUUCGCCGUCUGCCGCAUCUCCCAAGCUUCUGCAGAUCAGCGGGCGGGACGGGCGGGUCGUAUCGCCGCCGGCCACGCGUACCGUCUCUUUUCGAGUGCCGUCUACCAGGACUGCGUCAAAUUCGCUGACCCGGAAAUCCUGUCGAAGCCCGCCGAUCAGCUCGUGCUCCAUUUGAAAUCGAUGAACAUUGUGAAGGUGGUCAACUUCCCGUUCCCGUCGGCCCCGGACGAAAAGAUGCUGGAAGCGGCCGAACAGAGACUGUGCAGACUCGGAGCACUCAAAGAGAGCACUGUGAACGGGAAGACCGAGGCCCGUAUCACCAAGUUGGGCAGGACUUUGGCCGUGUUCCCGCUGGCACCCGCCUACGCGAAAUUCAUUGCGAUGGCCGAUCAGCACGAGCUCAUGAACCACGCCAUCCUACUCAUCUCGCUGUUGUCGGGUUAGUGCUGUUGACAUUUUGCCUAGAGAAAUGCAGGUUUUCCACUGAAAAAUCGCACUAUACUGGUUUUUUGCUAGUUUUUAACAAGGAAAUUCUGAAAUUUGCAGUGCGCGAGCCGCUGAUCCCAGUGUCAUCGCUCCGUGGAUCGACGCCAGAAGAGACGAAAGAGCUGAUGAAGACGGUGCUGAAGGAACGGCGGAGGUGGUGUUCGCAGACGGGCGCCCGCAGACUCGGCGACCUCAAAGUGCUCAUGCACGCCGCUUCCGUUGCCGAGCAGCUCAAGGUAAGACACGCAUUUGGGAUGCUCGAACCGCGGAAUUAGUGGAAAAAUCACCGUUUCCAAGCGGAAAGCGUGCAAGUUUAAUUUCUCGUGGAAAGUACGAUGGAGCGCACUUGCAAACCGAGUUUCUAUUGUCAAUUAUACGAGACAUCCAUUUAUCACUGAAAAACUGCUGUAAUCGGUAGUGAAAAGUGUUGCGAAAUGGCGCGCAACACUUGUGUAAUCCUGCCCUUCCCCUCAAUCACCAUCAUAUUCCAGUACUCGGCGAAAGAGUGCGAGAAGGUGGGUCUCCGUGUGAAGGCUCUGGCGGAAGCACGGAAACUGCGGCAGCAACUCGCGAAUAUCGUGAAUGCGUCGUGCAAAAAGACGUCUUCCGUCGUCACUCUGGACGCCGACCUCCCGCCGCCCACCGAUCAGCAGGCACAACUCCUCAGGUACCGUUUUGUGACGUUUUGCAACCGAAUUGUCACCUUGAAACUGUGAUUCUAAUGAGGUGUACGAAUGGUGUACAUUCCUACAUUUCCGAAUGCUUGUAUCAAAAAAGCUCGAUUUGCAGACAAAUGGUGACUGCGAGUUUCUCGGACCGUCUCGCGCGUCGCGUGGACCGAUCCGUCGGCCAGGAGGCAAUCGAAAAAGGCGCCUACGAGACGACGCUGAUAAAAGAGCACGUGUUCAUAGACCCGUGCUCGGUGCUCUUCUCGGAAGAACCAGAGUUCGUGAUCUACCAGGAACUGGUGCAGGUGAACGAGAAGAAACUGAUGACGGCGGUGUGCGCGGUGGACCGGGAGUGGCUGAGCCGACUCGCGGAGAGCCACUGCCACUUUGGCGAGCAGGACAAGAACCAGGAACCGGAGUACGAUCCGCGGAAGGACUGUGUCGUAAAGACCGUCAAGGUCACGUUCGGACCGUCCAAAUGGGAACUGCCGCCAGAGAAUCGACCGAUCCCUUAUGACAUACUCAUGUACCGGUACUUUGCACUUUUCCUCCUCGACGGACAAGUGUUCACGCCGCUGGAGCAGUUCAAAUCGAAGCUCUUGGCCCCGCCCACUACUAUGGUCAAAUCGUGGGCCAAAUUGCAGCAGAGGACCGAGAAACUUCUCAAUGCGCUCAUUGAUAAGGAGGUGCGUUUUUUGACAAUUUUCCACUUUUCAACCAGGUUUUUUGCAGACGACAUCACGGGCGGCGGUGAAAGAAGUGUGGCUGACGAACGAGAAUUGGCUGCUGGAGGAGUACCUGGAAUGGGUGCCCGAAUCCCUUCAUCAGCAGGUCUCUCUCAUGUGGCCCCCGCUGGAGGAACACGAGAAAUCGUCGAAAAUGGGACGGAAUAAGAAAUAUUGA